CAUUAAUAUAAUUAGAUGUUAUCCUCUUUGAAGUAAAUGUUGGUCAAACAGAAGGACAUAUUGGUGGUGAUUCCUGCCUUCUGCUCUUAUUAUUUGGUCACUCAACACUUGUUUUCCUUCGAACUCUCUGAAGGUUAGUCGAUGCACCCGACCGUGAAGGAUGGCGAAUUGGUCGUAGUGCAGAGAGCAUUCUACAAGAUCAAAUAGGGAGACAUCAUCAUAGCCAAAUCUCCUGUGAGACCCGAUUACACGGUUUGCAAGAAAAUAAUUCAUUUGGAGGAUGAGUUGGAUCCGAAUGGGAACAAGGUGCCGAAAAACCACGUGUGGAUCGAGGGAGACAAUGCGAAGGUGUCCUUCGAUUCUAAGUUCCAUGGUCCCAUUCCAAUCAACUUGAUUUAGGGGAAGGUGAUCUAUUGAGAGGGCAUUUGGAUGUGAGUGAGUAUACUUUAUCA